AUGGUAGAAAUAGGCAGUAGAGGACAGAAGCCCCCUGUCCUUUCAAUCUUGCUCAAUUUGAUCAAGAUUGCAAGGCUGGCUAACCGGUGGUGGGGUGGACAGGUGGGGUUGCCGGGGGUCGAACCGGCACCUUGUUCACCUGUGUCUUCGAAUAAACGCGGCCGGCCGGACUUAGCCAUCAUGAAUGAAAACAGCGGAAGCAAAGGCAGUGAAGAUGAAGAAAGAGACAACACUAGUGGUGAGCCAAGAGAGGGUGCUGUUGAAGUUGGAAAUCGAAGACCUAGAGGCCGACCUCCAGGAUCCAAGAACAAACCAAAGCCACCAAUCUUCGUCACGAGAGAUAGUCCAAAUGCACUUCGUAGCCAUGUCAUGGAAGUUGCCGGUGGCAGUGAUGUGGCCGAAAGCAUAGCACAAUUUGCCCGCAAACGCCAGCGUGGGGUUUGUGUGCUCAGUGGUAGUGGCUCAGUAGCUAAUGUUACCCUAAGGCAGCCCGCAGCACCCGGAGCAGUCGUAGCACUUCAUGGAAGAUUCGAAAUUCUGUCGCUGACCGGGGCUUUUUUGCCCGGUCCAGCUCCGCCCGGAGCAACAGGACUGACAGUUUACUUGGCUGGUGGUCAAGGACAAGUUGUUGGUGGAAGUGUAGUUGGUUCUCUUGUGGCAGCAGGGCCAGUUUUAGUGAUUGCUGCUACUUUUGCUAACGCAACUUAUGAGAGAUUGCCUCUUGAAGAUGAUGAGGAUACAACUCCUGCUUGUGGUGGCGGUGGCGGUGGUGGUGGGCAGCCACAUCUUGGUGUUGGUGGUGGGGGUGCAGGAAAUUCACCUCCUGGAUUAGGGACUAGUGGAGGUGGUAGUGGUGGACAACAGCAGCAGCAUGCCAUGCCUGAUCCUCCAUCCUUGCCUGCUUACAAUUUGACACCAAAUUUAUUACCGAAUGGAGGGCAGUUAAAUCAUGAUGCAUAUGGUUGGGCACAGUCCAGGGCACAGUAUAAUUGA